AAAGAAAAGAAAAGAAAACUACUGUCGUGGAGUCUCGCGUUACUUCCCAAAAUCCCGUACAAGAAAUCAACCAGGAAGCGAAUGGCGGAAAUUUAGAUCCACCUCACCACUCAUGCUUUCAGCUAGCAGUUUUUAGGGGAGAUCCGUUUUUGUCCUGAAUGGAGAGGCCAACCGAGUAGACAGCAGAUGUCUUCAGCUAAAAACGGUGGACGAUUUUGAAGAAACGAUGUCGUCGCGUCUAACUACCCGGCAGGAUCGGUAAAGUGUAUGGACGGAUAGCCUGCUGAGAGAGUCCUGUCACUGACAGCCUGCCAGAUUAAACACCGACACAUGGCCAUGCUCCUCAGCUAGCCGAGGAAGACGACGUGAGAAGACGACCAAACUAGCAUCAUGUUCCUGAAAACAUCUUUCACCACUGUGAUUGUGGGGGUGUUUGUGGUGUACGUGCUCCACACCUGCUGGGUGAUGUACGGGAUAGUGUACACUAAACCCUGCGACAGCCCCACAGGUGACAACUGUAUCACACCCUUCUUGGCAGGUGACCCAAAACUACAGUUGAGUAUCUACACUGCGCUGCAGCCCAAUGCAGAGGGAGGACAUACUUUGAUCUACAAAGAGGAAAAAUUUGAUGUCAACAGCAAGUUUGAGAGGAUAGUAAAUGUCUCCCUCCCUAAGAAGACCCGCAACAAUGGAACUUUAUAUGCGCUAAUAUUUGUCCAUCAAGCUGGCGUCACUCCAUGGCAGGAUCCACAGCAGGUCCACUUGGUGGCUCAGCUUACCACAUACAUGGUCCCUAAACUGCCUGAAAUCUCUUUGAUAUCUGGCGAGGAUCAAACACAGGGUCAGAAAGAAGAAGCCCAGCAGAAGAGACGUGAUGGUAACCCUACGGCAGGGGGUGGAGCUGGUCCCACGUCCAAGGCCGACCACCCAGUUUCUCACUGGCGCACUCGCCUGACACUCAACAUUGUCGGCGACCACUUCCUGUUUGACAGAGAAUACCUGCCUAGUGAUGUCCACAGAUACCUCAGAGUAUUCCAAAAUGGUAAGAAGAUGGUUUAUCUACCUCUGCUGUUUGUUGAUGAGCUCAGCAACCGGGUCAAGGACCUUGUGGAGAUCAACAGUACCUCCAUGGAGCUCCCUCUGACCAUCUCCUACGACUCUAUCUCUCUUGGGAGGCUACGAUUCUGGAUCCACAUGCAAGACGCUGUUUUCUCUCUGCAACAGUUCGGUUUCACAGAAAAGGAUGCUGAUGAGAUUAAAGGAAUCUUUGUGGACACCAACCUGUACUUCCUGGCUCUGACCUUCUUUGUAGCUGCCUUCCAUCUCCUCUUUGACUUCCUGGCAUUCAAGAACGACAUCAGCUUCUGGAAGCAGAAGAAAAGCAUGGUGGGAAUGUCCAGCAAAGCAGUGCUGUGGCGUUGUUUCAGCACCAUCGUGAUUUUCCUCUAUUUGUUUGACGAGCAGACCAGCCUGCUUGUCCUCAUUCCUGCUGGCGUCGGCUCUAUCAUUGAAGUAUGGAAAGUGAAGAAGGCCUUGAAGAUUAGGUUUUUCUGGAAAGGAGGCAAACCAACAUUCCAGUAUGACAAAUCGGAUGAAUCGGAGAGGAGAACAGAAGAGUAUGAUACUCUGGCCAUGAAGUAUCUCUCAUACAUCCUUUACCCGUCGUGUAUCGGAGGGGCUGUGUAUGCUCUAAUAUUCCUACGAUAUAAGAGUUGGUACUCAUGGUUGAUCAACAGUUUGGUUAAUGGUGUAUAUGCCUUUGGCUUCCUCUUCAUGCUUCCUCAACUGUUUGUCAACUAUAAGCUGAAAUCUGUGGCCCACUUGCCCUGGAAAGCCUUCACAUACAAGGCAUUCAAUACCUUCAUCGACGAUGUGUUUGCCUUCAUCAUCACCAUGCCAACGUCCCACAGACUGGCCUGUUUCAGGGACGAUGUGGUGUUUCUCAUUUACCUCUACCAGAAAUGGCUCUACCCAGUGGACAAAACGAGAGUAAAUGAAUACGGAAUUUCUUACGACGAAAAACCUAAAGGAAAGACUCACAAGGACUAGUGAGGAAAGACUUUUUGGCUUCCAUGAUCUGGUAUCUUGUCUUCAGUCCACAGGUAUCCACUGAUUGGUUUUGGUCCUUUAGUGUCAACUGAGCUGGUUUAACGGUCCAGAGGCAACUAGGAAAAAUAUUUUGGGCUCUGUUCAGUUAGUUGUAAAUGGACCAGACGCAUCAACAUCGUUGUGUUUUUAUGACUUUUUGCUCCGUCCCAUAGUGCGAAGUGUCGAAAGGUCAACAUCUGCUUAUCUGCCUCAUGCAGUCUGGAGAAUGUUUUUGUUUUGCAGUGUGUGAUGGGACAGGAAGAUCAUUAAGAUAAACCUCUAACCCAUUUCAAACUGACACAACAACCUGGGAAAAAAACUUUUCUCAUUGGUGCGAAUGGCCGGCACCCUGCUCACGGCUAUAACCGUGUCUACCACAGGUCAGACACUGCUCACCUUUGGUAUGAAAUAGUACACUGAUUACUAUAGUAACUCUACUAUAGUAGAUAUUGGUGGCCAUUUUGAGCCUUCUCAGCUAGAAAUUCUGCUCUUCACAAUGCACACAGCCAGUCACAUUCCUUGUCUAUUGGAACAGCUCCAUACUGUCAUUAUAUCACUGGAUGUCUUAUUUUUUUUAUUUAUUUUUUUUAACCUGGAUUUCCAGCUUUGCAUGUCUGCAUAUACUGGUUUGGUUGUGCUAAGCUGCAAGAGGAAGGUAUGAUUUAUUACAGAAGGGUGGGACUCCAAAUUAAGAUGAAACUGACUUACUUUAUUUUCAGAAUUUUAUUAGUAAUGUUAAAAAGGGAUUUAUUAUAAUUUUGAAAAAUGUUUAUGUUUACAAAAAUUUCAAUUAAUUAACUGACUGCAUACAUUUUGAGAAGAACUGCUUUGAAGAAUGAUAUAUCUAAAUAUAUUGAUUUUUCCAGAUGAUUCCAUAAGCGCAAAGUGUGAUACAUCAGAGCUUUCAAUCACUGUUUCCCAGUCGUAAGUCGAUGUAUUGUUAGCUCACUUAAUCAUUCCUGAUGCAGAAUUUGAGUGCUUUUCUAGAAAUUAUAUGAAAUUGUGCUAAUUGUUUAAAUAUUGCUCAGUGAAAAGGUUGUUAAAAAUGUGCCUCUUAGAAAAUAUCAAUUUGUAGACAUUUCAAAUUCUUUCAAAAGCUUUCGUGUUUGAACCCUGGUCCAAAUUCCAGAAUGACAAAUCCUGUCCUUGCCUCAAUGUUUCAGAAUCUUUAUCUGCAGUAGAAGCAGAGAAGAUUCUGAUUUGUCGCCAUGGGGAUAACUUGCCUAAACGUUCUAGAAUCUUAAACUUGACCGUUCCAGAAUAUGUUGAGUUGAACUCUCUUGAGUCCACCCAUUAAACAAUAUUGACUUUUAAUACACUGUUAAGCUGCCUACACAUGAUAAGAGGUAAAACCACGAGGUAGGGUGCAGCUAUACGUCGUCAUUGCUUCUGGCUUUGGUUGAGCUUUGAAAAGUCAGCCGCAACAAGGUCAAUGUUGAAAUCAUUUUAACUUUGAGCACAGCGCUUGCCAGCAAUUCCGAGCGGUACGCUACGCCGAGGUAUAGCGCUUCCUCCCUAGUUGUCUCCAGUGCUCUUCCCAAAGGAAAACAAUGGCACAGCCAGCGCAGAGUGGUUCUUACCGUGGAUCAUGCUUAACACUGGAGGGUACCAAUGAAAGCCAUACGGUCCUUUCCAUCCACUCUAGUUUUGUAAUUUUACCUGCUUGAGUAUUUUUUUUUUACAUAUUAGGGCCAAGUAAAUAUGUUGGUGCCAAAUGUGAGAAUGAUUCUUUAAACUACUUCUGAGCUUUGUAUGUUCACCAUAAAUGGUCCAUCUGA